AUGUCGACGGCGGCGGCCGCGAAGACUCCGACCAAGCCCCUGGGCCCCGCGGCCGCGGGUGCCAGGACUCCGACCAAGCCCCAGGCCACCGCGUCGGCGGCCAAGACGCCGUCCAAGACGCCAUGCCCCUCUCGCGCGCGGUCCUCCCACACAUCCGAGAACUCCAACCCCAACAUCCCGGGCACGCCGCCUCCCCCGCAGCCGACGCCGUCCAAGCCCGUCCUCAAGUCCCCGGCGACCGCGGGCGCCAGGUUCACCACCACGAAGAAGAAGCCCUCCACGCCCGCGCCCGCCCCCGCCACGCCGCCGCCGGAGCGGGAGCGGCGAUUCCUCGUGGCGAAGAAGGGCACGCGGCGGAGGCGGAACGUCGGGACCAUGGGAGGCGGCGGGGGCGGGGGAGAGAUCGACUUCGACAAGGUCCGCGAGGCCGCCCGCGAGGCGCUGCGCGCGUCGCAGGGAGAGUUCUUCCGCAAGGAGCUCGCCGCGUCCACCGCCACCGUAGAGGAGCAAUUGGGACAGGAGGAGGAGGAGGAGGAGGAGGAGGAGGGGAAGCCGGUGGCUGAAGAGGAUGUGAAAGGUGGAGCAUUCGAGGAGCAGGAGGAGGAGGAGACCGACGCGGAGCUGGAGGGGAGCAGCAAGGUUAGGGCGAUGAGGACGAAGGCAAUGGCAAAGGCGAUGACCAGCGUUCCAGAUCCUGGCUCUGGCCGCGUCAAGCAUAUGGUACAGGCCUUCGAGAGCCUACUCAACAUCUCCGGCGCCACCUCAGAUGCAGAAAGGGCCGGUGAGGGCUCAUGGGCGCUGCCCGGGUUGCAGCUGUGGAAGGAGAAGCCUGAAGAGGGUGAUCUGGGGUUCCCACCAGUGUCGGUGUUCUCUUCGGCUGAUUUCCAGAAUGCAGGGUCUAAUCGACUCUGCUCGUCACUAGAUGGAAACACCGACAGGUUGAGCUGGGACAGCAGAACAUCGGCUGGCGAGCGCAGGGACAGGAGAAGCUCAGCUGAGUCACUAAGGACCAGAACAUCGGCGGGCGGGCGCAGGAGCAGGAGAAACUCAUCUGAGUCACUAAGGAGCAGCUGGAACAAAAAGCUCAAGGUCACUAGCCAGCAUCCAUUCAAGUUGAGGACUGAGCAAAGGGGAAAAUUUAAAGAACAACAGUUCGUUCAAAAGGUUCAAGAGAUGCUUGUAGAGGAAGAGAAAAAGCGUAUUCAUAUUGCGCAAGGAUUGCCAUGGACUACCGAUGAACCCGAGUGCUUGAUAAAGCCUGCAGUCAAAGAAAGAACGGAGCCGAUAGACCUUGUUUUGCAUAGCGAUAUGCGUGCACUUGAACGUGCAGAAUUUGAUCAUCAUGUUUUGGAGAGGAACAAGUUCGCUGAGCAACAAAGGCUAGAAUGGGAAAGGCAACAGGAAUUAGAGGAAGAAGAAAGGAUUAGGCAACUGAGGAGGACUGAGCUGAUUCCUAAAGCUCAACCCAUGCCAUACUUUGACCGCCCCUUCAUCCCCAAAAGGUCGACAAAACCGAGUACAGUUCCUGUGGAACCGAAAUUCCACCUCAGGCCAGAAAAGCUAUCCUGUUACUGUCGACAGCGAUGUAUGGAGCUUGGAAAGCUGAAUCCUCAACAGCAGUGCCAAUAUCCACUAUGGCAAUCGAGAAAUGCAGAGCAUCGACACACAUGA